CCAUGUGAACAGGAGGAAGCUUCAUUUCCGGAUUUGCUGAGUUGAUUUAAAAGUGGUCUAUUUUGCGUGGAAUCGGUGCCGGGAUCUGGAACCAAGGGAAUGGCUAAAGUGUUAAAGACGCUGCGCAAUCACUGGAAGAAAACAGCGGCCGGGAUUUGCGGACUGAGCUGGGGAGCGCACUGGGUGCACAGGAGAUACCGGGACAAUCUCUUGCGCAGGGCAGCAUGUCAACAGGCAGAGGAAUAUGGAAACCAGGUGCUGCCAAUCAGUGCAAAAGUGAAGAAAGCUACUGUCUUUCUGAAUCCUGCUGCUUGCAAAGGAAAAGCAAGAAGUCUCUUUGAAAAGAAUGCAGCACCAAUUUUACAUCUUGCUGGACUCGAUGUAACAGUGGUUAAGACUGAUUAUGAGGGCCAAGCAAAGAAACUCUUGGAACUGAUGGAAGACACUGAUAUGAUUGUUGUUGCUGGAGGGGAUGGCACCCUACAAGAGGUAAUAACUGGACUUCUUCGUCGAGAGGAUGAGGCUGUCUUUAGCAGGAUCCCCAUAGGAUUUAUUCCAUUGGGAAAGAUGAACUCCUUGAGUCAGGCACUGUAUUCUACCAACAAAGAACAGGCCAGACACAUUUUAAACGCCACACUUGCUAUUGUGAAAGGAGAGACUGUUCCCUUGGAUGUACUGGAAAUAAAGGGAGAUAAAGACCGUCCAGUGUUUGCAGUGUCUGGACUGCGAUGGGGAGCUUACAGGGAUGCAUCUGCUAAACUCAGCAAGUAUUGGUAUCUUGGUCCCCUCAAAGACAAGGCAUGUCAUCUGUUUAGUAUGUUUAGGGAAUGGCCGCAGACUCGUCAGACCUCCAUUACUUACCUGGGCCCAACAGAGAGACCACCAGAGCAACCAGAAGAGAAAUUACCAAGGCCCAAUCUCUGGCAAAGGAUACUAAAGAGACUGGAAUCGUACUGGGCCACUCCUAAAGAGGUGAUGCUGAUGCCAAUGGAGCCAAAGCACUGGAAGGAAGUACAGAAAACAGCAGUGGAAGUAACCAUCAGCACGCUUAACAAGCAGACAGACUUCAAGCGUACUGAAGAUGCCAUGAACAUUUGUAUAGAACCUGAUACUAUUAGCAAGCGGCAAUUUGUAGCCACGGGGACUCAGAAGUUAACUGAUCCACUCCUAUGUCCUGAAGGCAGCCAAGUUCUCCAAGCCAGUUUCUGUAAACUACAGCUACCCCAGGGAACAAAAGGUUUCUUCAGUAUAGAUAAUGAAGACUAUGAGGCUGUCUCUGUUGAUGUGAAACUACUUCCCCGAAAACUCAGGUUUUUCUGUGAUUCUAUCAAAAAGCAACAGCUACAAUAAUUGCAGACACACAACAUUCAAUAUCCCUCAGUUGAUACACUGAUUUUACCUGUUUACUCAACACAUCCAUAAACAUUCUUCUAUUACCCUUUUACUUUUGCUGAAUCUAAUUUUAUGUUCAGAAGCACAUAUUUUCAUUUGACAUUCUUAGAUUUCUGAGACAAGCAGAAGUUAGAGGUUUGGAGUGCAAGAGGACACUGAUUAAAAAAAAAACUUGUACUUUCCAAACCAAAACAGCCCAGUAUUACCUGAGAUUACGGAAUGUUCUUUUCAAGAUAUUUUUCAACAGCUGCUAUUGCUUGGAAAUCCGUUUUACAGGAUGAGAUGAGUUCCUUGCUAUUAUUAAUUUUCACACCACCUUCUUGAACAGAUGUCUAGCCUCUCCAGAACUGACUGUUACCAAGAAGGAAAUGCAACUGAAUCAAAGUUUUGAAAUCAGGAAAUAUGAUCAGUUAGUUAUACAGAGCUGCAGUAGGUAGUAACCCAUUCUCUAGUGUCUGGCCGAAGAGCUUAUUGUUUAUAUAGAAGGAACUCUCAUUGGUAAUGACGCUCACAUUUUUGGAAUGCUUUGAAACAAUUUGCAAUUAAUGAAUUACUCUUGAAAGAUGAUCAGUUUUGUUUUGUAAAAUUGAAACUCAAUUUGAUAGAAUAAGGUUCCACAAAUAACAAAUGACAUCUGUUUUGAAUAUUCUGAAUAUUUGUUGGAACAUAUCAAUUUUCAUAGAGAUCUUUUACAACACCUAAACAAACUGCGAGAAAGGUAAACAUUAUAUGAACACUGGCCAGUAUAAUGUUUGUUCUAUUGUAAUUUAUAUAAAUGAAAGAGAAAAAUAAUGUUACAUUUUUGCAAGCUGGCACAUGUUAUUUAAAUUAGAAAAUGCUGGAAAUAGCUAUCAGGUAAGAUCUCUGUCCACAUGUGUUCCCUGACCUGCUGAAUAUUUCUAGCAUCUUCUGAUUGUAUUUAAAAUUUCCAGCAAUGACAGUAUUUUCCUUUUUUAGAUGUUAAACCACUGGUACUGACCAGAACAGAAUGUGGGCUAAAAUAUACCAAAUGUUUGAAUGAGUUUGUGAUAUUACUGUGUUUGUGAUGACGCUGAUUAUUUCAUGGCUGGGUAUUUCUUCACUGUAAAUUUGUGUAAACGAGGGUUGUUUACUAAUACCUUGUGCAUGAGAAUGUGGUUUUGUGUGUGGGGUUUUCUGACCUGUAAGAAUGGUGUGUGUGUGUUGUGGGUGUGGAGGGAAGGAGUCUGUAACAAAACUUCUGUAAAGCCAGAUUCUGUACCUCUGAAAUUCUGUCUGGUGCAAAAAAAUUCUAAUUGUUGCUGUGUGCAAGUUAAUGUUAUGUAGCAGAAUGCUGAUUUAAGAGCGUCAUGGUUGUAUUCACUAAGUCUGCCUAAAGAGAGAUACUAGAAGCAUUCUUACAUACCUUCUGGCAGCCAGAUUAAAAGCAACAUGGGCUGAGAUCAGCCUUUAGAAAAAAAGAUGUCUCAUUUUGUCUUAAGUAUGGGUGUGGUUGUUUUUCAGAGCAAGACGCCCUGACCCUACCAAUGGGAAAGCCAGUCAGUCAGGUCCCUGCAUAGGUGUGCCAUUCCUUCUCAGACUGCUGGCUAAUCAGAAAUUGGCAGCCACUGGGAGCAGCAGCUAAGACCUGGGUUGUAGUCUGUACAGCAGCAUUGAAGGUCAGGACCAGCAAAAACACCAUGCUUUUUCAGGGAGACGGACAUGAUAAUGAGGAGGGGUGGAUUGAGGGAUCAGUGGCCAUAUUCCUGCCUCUCCAUUCAGUCAUUUUCCCAGAUUGUAACAGGUUGAAGUACCCCUAAGCCUGGCAGGAAAGCUGCCUCUUUCUUGCCUGCUCGAAAUAGAUAAUUAGGCCAAUGACAUGUUGAGGUUCUUAAAUGGUUGCUAAUUGACCAGUUAAGGGCUUAAUCUGUUUCAGUGUGGGGAAAGUUGUCAAUGAAUAUUCCUGCCCAGCACUAAUUGCAGAGGUGAUAGAAAGGGGCAAAUAUCUUCCUUGUGUCAACCAGCCCAUAGAAAUGGUAUAUUGCCCAUUAGAGUUUAUUUAUCGAUUCCUAGCUAAAUCCUGUAUGGCUAGGAAGAAGUCUUUCAAAUUGUUUUGUUGCCACAUCAUCCAAACCACUGACACGGUUACUGGUUCAGACUUUGAUAUCAUGAGGAAGAAGCAUCCUUCCCUUGUUUCCAAUGAUUUUGUGAUCAUUCAUAACAAAUAUAUAAAUUAGGAGGAGUAGGCUACUCAGCCACUCAGUCCUGCUCUGCCAUUCAGUGAGAUCAUGGGUUGAUCUUAAUUAAUCCACAAUGCCACACACCCCUGACAAUUUCACAUUUUCCUCCUGUUGUACUCAUUUUGCCACAACUUAACUUGUACACCAGCAACUUGAGCAAUCAUGUAUACAAAGUGUAAAGUGUUAGAUCUUGCUAACCAGUAAAUGACCCAUUUAUGCCAA